AUGAGUAUGGUCGAAUCCCAUCGAAUGCGUCGACAAAUAGUGCCAAGAUCAUUCCUCAUUUGGCUAAGCGCUGAUUUCAACUUAAUAGAUAAAGAAUAUCAACAAGCGUACAAACAGCUAUGCAACAUUUUUAACGGUGUGUACAACUUCACAGAAGUUAACGAAUGCAUGCGUUUCUUGCAGCAAUACAGAGAGGACAAAGUAUUUAUGGUUAUUUCUGGUUGCUAUGAUGAAGAUGUAGUUCAUGAAAUCAGCAGUUUUCCGCAAGUAGAGGCUACGUAUAUUAUUUAUGAUCGUGAAAGCCGUUAUCAUGAACAGAUGGAAAGCCAAGUCAAAUCAAGAGGAAUAUUUACAAAGAUCGAAGAAAUGUGCGAUACACUUCAAGUGACUGUAAAGAAAUCGAAUCAAGACUCUAUCGCAAUGAGUUUUACCGAGUCAAAUGAAGAUGAUUCCGUCGUGGAUCUAAAUCGAUUGGAGCCAUCAUUUAUGCAUACUCAAUUAUUAAAAAGUGCUUUGUUCGACAUAGAGCAUACUCAAGAAGAACGUCAAUUCUUCGUGUCGUAUUGCAUGAAAGCAAAUAUUAGUUCGCCGCAAAUGAUUGAAGAGUUCAAUGAAGAUUAUCGACCGGAUAGAGCAAUCUGGUGGUAUUCGAGAGACUGUUUUAUCUAUGGAUUGCUGAAUGAGUCUCUUAGACUGUUAAAAGCGAAUAUUAUUGUUAAUAUGGGCUUCUUUGUUUACGAUACUCACAAGCAAAUCGAAAGAAUUCAUCAACAGCAGUUGAGUCAAUAUAAGGAAGGAAUUUUUACUGUUUAUCGCGGGCAAUGUUUGAAUAAAAGAGCGUUUGAAAAACUCAGGAAAAGUAAAGGUGGUCUGAUGUCAUUCAACAAUUUUCUCUCAACUAGUAAAGUUCGAGACAUUGCUCAUUUCUAUGCUCAGACUACUUCACAAAACAACGACAAUGUUGGCAUUCUUUUCAUUAUGAUCAUUGAUACAAAAUUAACUUCAACACCGUUUGCUGAUAUUCAAGACGUUAGUUAUUUUAACAAUGAGGCUGAAGUGCUAUUUUCAAUGCACACAGUUUUCCGGAUUGGACAAAUAGCACCUAUGGGCGCGAACGAGCGUUGUUUCGAAGUACAGCUGACUCUGACGGAUGAUAGUGAUCAACAAUUGGAUAUUCUUAUGACUUAUCUGGAAGAGGACGCUCGCCGUAAACAAGGGUGGGAUCGAAUUGGAUCGCUUUUGAUAAACAUAGGGCAAUUAGAAAAGGCGGAAGAUCUUUAUGACACUCUACUUGAAAAGUCGUCGGAUCGUAAUAAUCAAAGUGUGUAUUAUCAUCAGUUAGGUAUUAUCAAAAACAAACAGAGUGAGUACCGAGAGGCCGCUCGAUAUUAUGCAAUGGCACUCGAUAUUCAACGUGAAACUCUACCAGAAAGUCAUCCUGAGUUGGCAUCUUCUUACAACAGUAUCGGUGAAAUGUAUCAAAAUAUCGGUGAAUAUUCGACAGCAUUAUCAUACUGUGAAAAAUCACUUCAGAUACGCCAGCAAACUCAUCCUGAGAAUCAUAGAGAUUUAGCUAUUUCUUACAACAAUAUCGGUGAGAUAUGCAGUAACAUGGGAGAGUACGCGAAAGCACUGUCCUAUCACGAAAAGUCACUAAAUAUACGGCAAGAAUUUCUUCCGGAAAAUCAUCAAGAUUUGGCUAUUUCGUAUAACAACAUUGGUGAAGUCUACAAACGGAUGGGUGAGUAUGCGAAAGCAUUGUCCAGCCAUGAAAAGGCACUUGAUAUCAAAGAAAAAGUUCUUCCUGAAAAUCAUCCCUCUUUCGGUAUUACGUAUAGCAAUAUCGGCUCAGUAUAUGAUGGAAUGGGAGAAUACUCAAAAGCAUUAUCAUGUUACGAGAAAGAUUUAAAAAUUACUAAAACAAGUCUUCCAGAAAAUCAUCCUGAUCUGGCUGUUUCUUACAACAAUAUCGGCUUAGUGUAUUACAAUAUGAAAGAGUAUUCAAAAGCUUUGUUCAACAACGAGAUGGCACUAAGUAUUCAACAGAAAAGUCUUCCGGAAAAUCAUCCUCAUAUAGCUACUUCUUACAACAACGUUGCUAUUGUGUACGAGACGAUGGGAGAAUACUCGAAAGCGCUAGUCUACUACGAAAAAGCGCUUCGUAUGCGAACGAACAUUCUUUCUGACAACCAUCCUGACUUGGCCACUACGUAUAAUAAUAUUGGUGUAGUGUAUCUUCAAAUGAGUGAAUACGCAAAAGCUCUGAUGUAUAGCGAAACUGCACUGAAAAUCCAAGAAAAAACUCUUUCUCAAGAUCAUCCUGACUUAGCUACUACAUAUGGCAAUAUUGGCUGGGUAUAUAAUCAAAUAGGAGAGUAUUCAAAGGCACUUUAUUACUGCGAAAAGGAUCUGGAGAUCAGUAAGAGAAGUCUUCCGGACAAUCAUCCACAUUUAGCUACUGCCUAUAACAAGACUGGCGAAUCGUAUUAUAAUACAAAAGACUAUUCAAAAGCUUUGUACUUAUUUCAACAAGCUGAAAUUAUAUGGAAACAAUCUCUUCCCACGUAUCAUCUCCAACAUCAGAAAGUACUUGAAAGUAUUGAAUUAGCCCAGAAAAUGCUUUAA